CCUGCGCGGGAAGGAUGUAUUGCCAGGAUGCUUGCAACCUAACCCAGACCCCGGCAGCGAUCCUGCAAGACAGUGGCACGUCACCCUCGGCCUCUAUCACAACACUCUCGACCUCUACCACCACACAAGAGCUUACUCUUGACUAAACUGCCAGCUGGUUGCCGUAUCUUGGGAAUAUUUAUGAAGAAAAGUGAAGGAGCUGAUCAGGUGUAGAGUUGAUCCAUAUAGAACUUGGUGUACAGCAUGCCAACCACGGAGGCAGUAAUGAGGGCGGUGACUGUGACGUGUAUGGUGGCUCAAGCAGUGUCCCAACUACAUAACAACGGUAUCUCCAACAACCUCACCCCUUAUUACAAGAACGGAAACUCCUUCAACAACCUCGUCCCUGACUACAGCAGCUACCCUUGGCUCUCCUCCCCACCUCCUCUUAUUUUGCCCGCAAGAUUGGUGAACGACUCGCUGCUGUCUUAUCCCUCUAGACCAUCGUAUCCUACCCAGCCACCUAACUCACCAAAACCAAUCUACCGUUCACAACUAACCUACCCAUCACAACCAGCCUACCAUUUACUUUUAAACUCUGACCCACCGUACCAUACACAACCCACUUACCCACCGUUCUCUACUCAACCCACUUACCCACCAAAAGCAUCCUACCAUGCACAAUUAUCCUAUCCAUUACUACCAUCUUAUCCUGGUUCGGCCUAUUACUGGCAAGAUAAUUACUCGCAGCAAUCCUACCCUUGGCAAACAAUGUAUUCCUUGCAAACCUACUACACAUCCUACCCUAGCUUGGCCUCUUCCCCUCCGACAUCGACCACACUGCCUACGGGGCCACCAGUGCGUCCUACGGACGUGCCAAGGAACGCCAUUCCCACUUCCAUUGCAGUUUGGCCCACGGGAAGAGCCAGAACCACAAGGCCACCCUCUAUCCAGCAGUGGCCCACCGAGAAGGCAACUAUACCCACAUUUUCUCACACCACAAAACCUUCCUGGCCAACUGAAAAGACCAUUAAACAAUCGUUUAUUCCGAUGUGGCCCACCAAGAAGAGCACUACCAUCACUACUCCUUCCUGGCCCACUGGUUCGGUCCCAACUACGCGUCCUCCAGUCCAUGUGAUCUGGCCAACAAGACCGCGACAUACCGCCAGUCCUCUAAUCCCAAUUUGGUCAAAAGACGCUCAGACUACGUUACGUCCAGUGACUAGUGUGUGGCCAACUGCCAAGCGACAGACAGCGAUACCUGCCAGCCUUGUGUGGCCAACUGUUAGGCGGCAGCCGACGAUACCUUCCAGCUUUGUGUGGCCAACUGUUAAACAGCAGAUGCCACAGUUUGACCCUGAGUGGCCUAUUAGCAAGCCAGCAGUUUCUGAUAGCCGUGUCCUACCAAGGAAGAGAGCACGGCCUAGGGACGGCCACUCCAAGCUUAGAAAAGACAGCUCUAAGCCUAGAGGGGGCCGCUCUAGAUCUAGGAAGGGCAGUCCUGGGCCACCAACCACACUCACUAUGGCAUCCAACAUCACUCUUUCCACAACCACCAACAGGUGCAGGAUGUGCAAGGGCAAGAAGGCCAGCGACAACGACUGCUGCAUUCAGGGGAGGACGCUGGCUGGACGCUCCGUGGCUCCCCUGCCGCAGGUGUUGCUCCCGCUGCUGGCCUCGGAGCGUCUGGUGCUCCCGGGAGGCAUACAUCCUCCAGCAACACACCUCCAGCCACCAUCCUCAACACUCCCACCACACCAAAACAACAAUCAGCAUCCCAGGAAGUAAACCAGGAAUGUGAGUCAUAUUCAGCUUGUGACACACACAUCAUGUGGCCAUAACCCACAUCCUGUGUCCGCAUUUUUAUGUUCAAUACAAAUUGUAUCAUUAUAAGUUUUGUAUUUUAGUUAAUUAAAAUUAUAUU